UCACUCUUCUUCCCCAUCCUCAGCAUUCACCUCGCUUUGGUGGCAGCUUUAAUUCCCAUUCCCACCAUCCUCACCUGGUCUGACCAUGUCGUCCUCCUCGGCUUCAGUCCCUCCGUCCGUGAAGGGCAUGCGGAAGAAUGGAAAAAACUGGCACGACUCCAAGAAGCCCUUCCGCCCUACGGCGGGUAUGACCUCCUAUGCGAAGCGCCUGGAAACCCGCAAACACCAAGAAGCCGUCAAAGAACACGAAAGGGAACUUAAGGAAGAGAAGGAGGCUGAGCGGAAGGCCCAUAUCCAGCGAAUUAAGGAUCGCAGAGCCGCCAAGGAAGAGAAAGAACGCUAUGAAAAGAUGGCCGAGAAGAUGCAUCGUAAACGUGUUGAGCGCUUGAAGCGCCGUGAAAAGCGCAACAAACUGUUGAAUUCUUGAUGCUGCCUAGAGCUUGAUCGACCCCUGGACAGGUCAGUGUAUGCUGUCGCGGUUGAACUGUUUCCUGCUGCUUGUUUGCUGCACUGGAUGCAUGGCAGUUACCGACCAGCUUUUUGAAAAUUGCCUUUUCUUCCUAUUCAUUCACGCAGAAAACGCCUUCCCCCUAUUUGCGCUGAGCCUUCGGAAAGAUAAUGUGGCGACAGGCGGCCUCUUUUCACACAUCCUUCGAUUUUCUGUCGGGACAAAAAUGGAUCAUGGCGACCAUGGAGUUGGGGGUUCUGGAUACUGGAUUUAUAAUUAUAUUCAUACGGAAGCAAGAAACAUCUUCACAUAGAAUCGUCCAAGACUUCAUGCUAUACC